ACAGACACACAGACACACACACACACAUAUAUAUAUAUUGAUUACAAUGGAACAAAGUAGCCGUAGUAGUAGUGCGGUUGUGCUCUUCUUGUUCUUGAAAGGAAACAGUAGCGGGUGAUCGCUUGCUAACACGACAGCGCGAAGGAGUCAACUUUCUCAUUCCCCAUCUUUCAACAAUUAUUGGCGUUUUACUUAUUUUCCUCCUCGGUGCUUCAUGGGAAGAAAAGCCUCAAUCUUUGGUGCUGUCUCCGAUGAUUCUUGCUUGUCAUUGCGAACCCUUUAAAGGGUAAUCGCAUUUGCAGAAGAAUAGGGGAGUAAUUGUUUAUGUGCGGCAGCACGCUGUGGAGCUGAUGCGCGAGUCAAGGAAGGAUAGGAUUGUGGUACGACAGUUGAAAUCCGUGCGUUUGGUUGAAGGCGUGGGUAAUCUUGGAGUGACCGAUUCUUGCCGGUGAGCAGUCUGAUCCCUUCAGUUUUUCAAUCUUGGAGACGUGGGUAAUCUUGGAGCGACCGAUUCUUGGCGACCUGAUACGAGUCUGAGCUGAGAUGGCGGUGGCGAGGUUGGAUGCCUUGGUCGGACAUACAUCCUCUGGGAAUAAACGGGCCCGAAUGACAUCUCAAACGGAGGACAAGGCAGACAGACUAAGCGAAUUGCCUGAGCAUUUAAUAGAUCAUAUUCUCUCGCUCUUGCCUAUCAAGGAUGCAGUCAAAACUAGUAUGUUAUCAAGAAAAUGGAGGUACAGAUGGACUACACUACCUGAACUCGUAUUUGAUGAUCUCUGCGCUCCUACUUCUUCUGAUGCUCAAUCAUCAAAUUCUGUGUUGGGGAAGAUCAUCAACGAUGUUUUAUUAAUUCACACGGGCCCAGUACGUAAGUUUGUGAUCUCUCACAAGAAAUUCCAUGCUGAUGCCGAGAUUGGUCGCUGGCUUUAUUAUUUAUCGAGGGUUUCCCUCAAAGUACUAGUCCUAAAUUUCUCAGUGGGCCAUUGUUGCAAGACACUUUCUAGCCUAUUCUCCUGUCAGCAUUUAGUUAAUCUGAAACUCUCCCGCUGUUCUGUGAAUCUUCCAUCUACAUUUGGAGGAUUCAAGCAUCUGAAAAGGAUGGAGCUUUCCCUUUGUUCCCUGUCGCAAGAUGGGCUUGAGAGGCUGAUCAUGAGCUGCCCUUUGCUGGAGAAGAUGAUCUUGAAAAGUGUGGAUUGGCAUAUCAGUCGGCUCCAUAUUACUGCGCCAAAACUUCGUUGCCUUAUACUUAUUGGAACUUUUAACUUAAAGGAUGUGAGGUUUGGAGCCAACCGUUUGACUGAAGUAGGCGUCUGUUUUCCAAAGGACAUCAAUGAAUCUGGGCGAGGUUAUGUUAAUCAAAGCUACAGCAAUUUGGUCGACUUUUUUGAUCAGCUGCCACUUAUUGCUGUACUUCAAGUUCGGAACUUGCUGAAGUGCUGGUCUUGUGGUGAUAUGCCUGAGAAGUUGCCUAGUCCAUGCCUUUAUCUCAGAACCCUCAGAGUAUACGUUGACUUUGGCAGUGAGAAGGAGAUCUCAAUCGUUCUGUGCCUCCUAAGAAGUUGCCCGGAAUUACGUGGAUUACAACUUAAAGCUUGUCCAUCCAGCGGACAGAGAAAUGCUGAUGCAGGAUAUGGCUUCUGGGAACGCCACCGUUCACCUCAUCCGUUGCUGCAAUUACGGGCGGUGGCAAUUUUUGGGAUUUCAGGCUCUAGGUUGGAGCUGGGACUCAUUAGGUUUGUACUAGGGAAUUCUCCGUUGUUGAAAAAGAUGUUCAUUGUAGGGCCAGUUCCUUCCACGUCCCAGUUGCUAAAAGACUUGUUGCAGAUCGAGAGAGCCUCGCCUCACGCCCAAGUCGUAGAUCUAGAUGCUAAGGACAUUAUUCCAGACAAGUUUUUCAGGACAUUCUUGUCCCUGCAUGAAGACUAGUAUCUCAAUACUUAGGGUCUCUUUUAACUUCGUUACUUUAAUUGAAGCAAGGUAUAAGCUACUCUCAUACGCUUCAGCAAAUUAAGAUCAUAUCACUCACUGAAUUUUUCCUCUCUUCUUUAUCCUUGAAUCGUUUGGACUCCAAUGAUAUAUUGACCAUAAGUUCUGAUGAAA